AUGCUUCCGCAGCCAAGAUCGCAAAGUCGCGGAGUGGGUAGAGUUAAUGAGAGGAUAUUCCUCCUGUACCCCCAUUACCAACCGGGCUCAAAAGAAUCCGGAAUUGAAAAGAAAUAUGAUAGCACUGACAAGAUGCUCGGUAAAACCGCGCACCCUAUUUUCUCCAUACAAUCCGCUCCACUCCAUCAAACCACUCCCAAUCAAUCCGAAACUCGCUUGAAAAUACCGUCUACACCACAUCCGCGCGGCUACUACAAGAAUAGACGUCCAUCAGGAGGCAGUAUGUUGCAAUCCGGUGGAAAGUCGACGCAAGUAACCAUGACAGUGUCAACCAGUGGGAAAAUGAGUGUUACUGGCUCUAAUAACGGCAGCAAGAAACCUCGAAGAAAUUUGAAUGCUGCACCGACGGCAACGACGAAAGUGCAGCCGCAGUUGAGCGGCUCGUCUUUACAAAAGGCGGACAAAAAUUGA